AUGGCUAGAGAAAUCACUGACAUUAAGCAAUUCGUUGAAUUAGCUAGAAGAUCUGACAUCAAAUCUGCUGUUGUCAAAGUUAACCAAAAAGUUAACGCUAACGGUAAAAAAUUCAAACAAACUAAAUUCAAAGUUAGAGGUGCUAGAUAUCAAUAUACUUUAGUUGUUAACGAUGCUUCUAAAGCUAAAAAAUUACAACAAUCUUUACCACCAACUUUAAAAUUAACCAACUUAUAA